AUGCGGCUGGGUCAGGGCUCGCUGAUGUGGAAGUGCUGUCAGGCGGUGGUGGGCGAGACCCCGAGGAGACGGAGCCCCCUCCCUCCUGGGAUGGCUCCUGGGAGCGUGAAAAGCCUGGGGCUGCUGGACGGGAAGUCUGGUUCCUGUAACUGGCUUCGCAUUGGGCCUGUGGCUUCUCACCGGCACCCCCGUGACUAUUGGCUGUCAGGUGGGCCCUGGGAACCAGCUCCAAACCCGCAUGAACUGACCCUGUCGAGGGGGCGUAUCCUCAGCCUGGGGCUUCAUCCAGACAAACAGGGGGCAGGAGGGGAGGCAGCCCCCUCACCCACCCAGAGCCUGGGGACCCAGGAGUUUGCAGACCUCUUCUUAGAUUCCAGCCUGGAGACUGAGCUGGUGAGCAUCGUGGGGGGGCGUGACACUCACCCCGGGACAUGGCCAUGGCAGAUUGCUCUGUGGAUCUUCAACCGAACCACUGGCGUGUGGGAGUUCCACUGUGGGGACUCCCUCAUCCACCGCCAGUGGGUGCUGACUGCUGCCCACUGUGUCUCAAGGGUAGUGCCUCAGGACCUCAGGGUCCAAGCAGGACAAGUGAGACUCUCCCGCUCUGACUUUCUGCCAGUGAAUGCGAUCGUCCCCCAUCCCAAGUACAACCUCUUGCUGAAAGUGCAAGGCGGGGCAGACAUAGCGCUUCUCAAACUGGCGGCCCCUGUGACGCUCUCUGACCGAGUCAAUGUGGUCACCUUCCCACCAGCGAGGUUCACAGUCCCCUCAGGCACAAGGUGUUGGGUGACCGGCUGGGGUGCCAUUAGGCCCACAGUGCUGUUGCCCCGACCCUACCACCUGCAGGAGGUGGAAGUCCCCAUCGUGGGGGACGAGUUCUGUAGGUGGAAGUACCACAAGGCCAACAAGUUUAUCAAGGAAGACAUGCUGUGUGCCAGGAGCCAGGGCCGGGAUUCCUGCCAGGGUGACUCUGGGGGCCCCCUGGUCUGUAAAUGGAGGGGCACCUGGCUCCAGGUGGGGGUGGUGAGUUGGGGCAUCAACUGCGGUGACAGCUUUCCUGGAGUCUACACCCGAGUGACAUCCUAUGUGUCCUGGAUCUACUUCAAUGUUCAUUCAUCUCCCUAA